GACAGAGGCUUCAGUCCAGAAUACAGUCAGUCUCUCAGCAAGCUUCGGGUUCGGUUCGGGACUGAAAAUGGGUCGGCAGAGGCAGAGAUGGUCAUGUAUGCAUACAUUGCUCAUAUUUCUUGGAUUAUCGGUGUGUGUGAGCGGGAUAAACCGGCAGGAGUUGUUCUCAUUCGGGAGAAGCGCCGGAGAUCAGACACUUCAUUACGGCAAUGAUGAGACGAGAGAGAUUUCACUGGAGAAGCCCGUGACGUUCUACGAUGGACAGUUUGACAAGAUUUACAUCAACACCAACGGGUUUGUUUCUCUGGAGACGCCUACAGCAGAAUCAGAGUAUCUAGGCAAAAUGCCGGCCAGUUUUGGAAUGAUUGCUGCUCUACAAGGCGAUCUGGACACAAGUGAUGGUGUGGGACAGGUGUACUUCCGCCAGGACUCCAGUCCAGCGCUUCUACAGGAAGCUGCUGACCACAUCAACAGAGCCUUCCCUGAAGAUGAUGAGGUGAACCCCAUCCACGCUCUGGUGGUCACAUGGGUGGAUGUGGCGUCUCACAGGCCUGAGGUCAGAGGAGAUGGAGCAGAACACACGGGAAGACGAAAUACCUUUCAACUGGUCAUUGCUUCCAUGGAGAUGAUGUCAUAUGCGAUUCUGCUCUACCCAAAAGAGGGAAUGCAAUACCAGUCCACCACCACAAGAGGCAGCAGUUACACAAUGCAUGCUGGAUUCAGUAAAGGACAGGAAACGUACCUGGUCUUUUCUAAGAAGCAAGGACCGCAUUAUCGCAUCACCGAUGACACUGAGGCAUCUGUCAGGAAUUUAGCUGAGAAGACCAACUCUGGAAAGCGUGGCGUGUGGGUGUAUGAAAUUGGAACGUCUCCUCACUUUACAGAUGUCGCUCCAGGAGAGGUGCCGGAUCUACCUUUAGAUUCACAUCAGUCUAGGAGCACAAGAACCCAUAACCAGCAACACCAGGUUCGGGUGUAUCCUGACACUCAGGAGGUGCUGUACCAGCACAACCAACACAAAAACCUGGAUGGAGUUUACGAUCGUCCAGAACACCCUCCACCUCUCCAAGUGAAGACCAUUCAGUUUACACCUCAAGACCCGCAGGUUGUGGAAAUCGAUAAUGAGGACAGCAUUCAGGUUGAUGUAUUUUCAUACAACUCUGGGGAAUGUGGGAGACAAAAAUGUUCCAAAUUUGGUGAAUGUCGGAAUUAUCCAACCGGGCGAUGUUGCCAGUGUAAACCCGGAUAUUACGGCAACGGGAUACAAUGUUUAUCUGAAGGAAUACCUCAGAGGAUGAAUGGCAAAGUAAGUGGCCGAGUGUUUUUGGGGAACUCGCCGGUGCCGGUGGACUUUGCCAAUAAUGAUCUUCAUUCGUAUGUGGUAGUCAAUGAUGGCAGAGCGUAUGUGGCCAUCAGUGCCAUUCUGCCCAGUGUUGGCUUCUCUCUUCAGCCUCUAUCAUCCAUGGGAGGAGUAAUCGGCUGGGCUUUUGCUCUUCAGCAGCCCGGCUUCAAAAAUGGCUUCAGCAUCAUUGGCGGGGUGUUCAAACGUCAGGCCGAAGUGACCUUCCAGCCGGGCGGCGAGCGGUUGACCAUCUCUCAGGAGUUCAAAGGCAUCGAUGAGCAUGACCACCUGACGGUGGACACUAAACUUGAAGGAAAGAUUCCAGAGAUUCCUCAGGGAGCCACAGUGCAGAUAGACCCAUACACAGAGAUCUACCAGUACAGCAGCAACUUAAUCACCUCUUCCUCGGUGCGGGAGUAUGUGAUCAGUCUGUCAGAUGGCACCACCCAGACCAGAAACUAUAAAUUCAGAGAGACCAUCUCAUUUGAGGGCUGCCAGCACGAUGAAGCGGUCCGAGCCGAGCCUUCCACACAGAUGCUCAGUGUCGACCAGGUGUUCGUCAUGUAUGAUAUGAAUGCACAGCUCCUGCGUUAUGCCAUGAGUAACAAGAUUGGAGAUAUCAACGGCGGGGAGGCUGAAGAGAACGCCUGCUUUACUGGCAGACACGGCUGCGAUACUAAUGCAGUGUGCCGACCUGGACAAGGAAAUCAGUUCACAUGCGAGUGUGCUGCAGGCUUCGCAGGAGACGGACGCGUUUGCUAUGACAUCGAUGAAUGCAGGGAAACCCCUCAGAUCUGUGGGCCGAAUGCCAUCUGCAACAACCAACCUGGAACAUUUCGUUGCGAGUGUCAGGACGGAUUCCAGUUUGCAAGCGAUGGUCACACAUGUGUUGAGGUGCACCGGCCCGUGGAUGCGUGUCGUUCUGGCACUCACAAUUGCGAUGUUCCCGAACGCGCACGCUGCAGUUACACCGGCGGAUCGUCCUACAUCUGCACCUGCCUGCCGGGAUUCAUGGGCGAUGGAAGAAGCUGUCAGGAUAUAGAUGAGUGUCAGACAAACCCGUGUCAUGAGAACGCCGUCUGCUUCAACACACCUGGAUCUUUCAGCUGUCAGUGUAACCCUGGUUUUAAUGGCGACGGUAUCCACUGCUCUGCAGAUCGUGAGAGGACGCAUUGUCAGCUGCAUAGAGAAAGUGUUCUGGGUGCCACUGAGUUUGGUGUCCGCGGCCCUCGCCCUGUACCUGGCCAGUAUGUGCCAACUUGUGAUGCCCGGGGUGAAUACGAGCCCAUGCAGUGUCACACCAGUAUUGGACAGUGCUGGUGUGUGAACCGAGAUGGACUGGAGAUCUCCGGCACGCGCAAGGGGCCCGGCAACUAUCCUGACUGCCCUGAUCAUGAUGUUCCUGGCCCACCAAUUAGACCAUCACCCAGGCCUGACAUCAGCCCUCUGCCCCCUGGCAGUCACAUCCUGUUCACUCAGAGCGGAAAGAUUGAGUAUAUUCCACUGGAAGGUCAUGACCUUAAGAAAACUGAAGCCAAGACUGCACUGCACCUCCCGGAGAAAGUGGUGAUCGGGAUCGCUUAUGACUGUGUGGAGAAGAUGGUUUACUGGACAGACAUCAGUACUCCUGCCAUUAGCAAAGCUAAUCUACAGGGAGGAGAGCCCAUCUCUCUCAUUAAAUCAGAUCUUGGCAGUCCUGAAGGCAUUGCUGUAGAUCAUCUUGGCAGGAACAUGUUCUGGACAGACUCCAUGAAGGACAGAAUUGAAGUUUCCUCUCUAGACGGAGCUCAGCGGCGAAUCUUGAUUGACAGAAAUCUUGUUAAUCCAAGAGCCAUCCUCACUGAUCCAACCAAUGGCUACAUCUACUGGGCCGACUGGAACAGAGACUCGCCCAAAAUCGAGAUGUCUUACAUGGACGGCAGCAAUCGAAGGGUUCUGGUCAAAGAUGACUUGGGUCUCCCCAACGGUUUGACGUACGAUACGCAGACAUCUCUGCUGUGUUGGGCAGAUGCUGGUACACAUAAAGUUGAGUGCAUGAAUCCACACCAGAGCAGCCGGAGACAGCUAAUGGAGGGAAUUCAGUAUCCAUUCGGAAUGACUACUGAUGGAAAGAACCUCUACUACACAGACUGGUUGAGGGGCUCUGUAGUUGUUAUGGAUCUCCAUGCUGGCACAGAGGUCGAUGAGUUCCAACCCCAGAAACAAACACGUCUCUAUGGGAUCACCACUGCACACGCCCAGUGCCCCUCUGGUCAAAACUACUGCUCUGUGAAUAAUGGAGGCUGCACUCACUUGUGUUUGGCGACCCCUGCUGGCCGCUCCUGUAGAUGUCCGGACAAUGCUGUAGGAGUGAGCUGUGUGGAGAGGGACGGCAGGAACUGAAGAGAGAAUUAUACAAAUAUCCAGGGAUAAAUAACAUCUAAUCCCAUCACAACUGUUCAUCAAAUUGUUCUUCUACACCACACACUUAACUGUUGUGAAGUUCCAAUAAAGCCAUAUUUUCACUCAGUAUGCAAGAUUUGUAAAUACACCUGUGCCUUAAAUAAGUAGAUUUGUGGUGCUUUGAAGAGCCAUUAUGUGAUUAUGAUAAUUGUGAAUUUAUUUUUGGGAGUUUUGUUAGUCCCAUGAAUAGUUGAAUGAGCAUUAUUGCAAUUCACCAAAAAUUUAAAAUAAACCCCUGCUUUUAAUAUGAUAUUAUUACCCAUGUAACUAUACUGAUACUAUUCUUUAUGAGUUAAAUGAAUACAUAUAAUAAUGAUAAAAUCGUGAAAUACCCUGACUGAAAUAAAUGUUUACACAUCAUGCAACUUUUCAAUAAAACAGAUUUUACUUAAA